GUCUUGUUUAUUUAGCGAAUUUUGUGCGGUUAAUGCCUAUCGUCAACUGUACUAUGGUAACUGUACCGUACAGCAAGAAUUAGUGUCAAAACUGUGCCCGAUGACCUUUACAAGCGCGAGAUAUCCUAGAUGCUUACCAGAGGAAGAUAGCUUAGCGAGAUCAGUCUGCUGUGCUGCUGCAUAGAGGUACCGUCGCCUGUGUGAGACCAAAUGGCAAGUGCCACAGAGGACGUGGUAGCCGAUGAUGAAGACGGCCACUUUUAUGACGAAUCCGAUGACGCCGGAAGUGACAUCACUAUGAGCAGCCUGGCUACGGUGCGACGGCAGCGUAACGGUUCCCUCAGCUCCGAAACCCCCUCGGAAUUGCUUCCGGACAAAUACGGCUUUCUCGGUGGAGCACAGUACACGGAUCCUGCACUGCUACGUAAGGUCCCCCUUCAAGUUCAGUGGAACAGAGAACUCAAGUGGCGCGAUAUGCUUCACAACUGGGAACGUUUCAUGACCAAGCAGUUCAAAAAGGUGAAAGAGCGCAGCAGAAAGGGAAUUCCAUCUUCACUCCGUGCCCCGGCAUGGCAGCACCUUUGUGGUGCACACUUCCUCAUGGAAAAGUCGAGAGGAAAGUUUACUGAGCUUGAUAGCCUUCCUGGUGAUCCCCGCUGGGUGGAAGAUAUAAAGAAAGACCUGCACAGGCAAUUCCCGCACCAUGAGAUGUUUGCAAAACACCAGGGUCACGGGCAGGAAGACCUGUUUCGGAUACUGAAAGCCUAUUCAAUACUGAACCCUGCAGUGGGCUACUGUCAGGCGCAGGCUCCCAUUGCAGCAGUACUCCUCAUGCACAUGCCAGCAGAGCAGGCAUUUUGGUGCCUGGUGUGUAUAUGUGACACAUACCUGCCUGGCUACUACAGUCCUGGCUUGGAAGCGAUUCAGUUGGACGGGGAAAUUUUAUUUGGCCUUCUCAAAAAGGUGUCGCCGACAGCAUAUAGACAUCUUAAGAAACAGCGCAUUGAGCCCAUCAUGUACAUGACGGAAUGGUUCAUGUGUGCAUUCAGUCGAACUCUUCCCUGGUCAACUGUGCUUCGGAUCUGGGACAUCUUCCUGUGUGAAGGAGUGAAGGUGCUGUUCAAGGUAGCACUCGUUAUUCUGCGCUCUAUCUUGGGGAGGAGUGACAUCCAGAAACGCUGCCCAAGCAUGUUUGAAACUUUGGAAGUCCUGCGAAGUAUUCCACAUGAACUUUUGCACGAGGAUGUCAUAGUAACACAGAUGGUCCAGUUGGAUCUAACCAAUCAUGACAUGUCGAAAGAGCACCAACGUCAAAUAGCCAAGCGACGCCUUGCACAGCUGGCAAAGGUCAAGGCGUAGCUUCGACUGACUCGUCCAGGUCAGGCCGUAGAAAGCCUGUAGAGCUAUCCGCCAGUGCUCGGUAUUGGCAUCGAGGAAUGCUAGAGCGCUCUGUGUGCAAGAAUUGGUUGCUGCAUGGUGGGUAUAACACACAGCGUGCCCUCAACCUCAGCAAUCACCAUUACUGCCUAUUCAGUCAAACGCCUACUGUGAAACAUUUGCCGCUGUUUGAGGGUACGCGGAAAGUGAGUAUUCUGAAAAGACGUACGGAUAGGGUCCGACUUCUUCUGGUUAAACCCAAUUCCUCUUGGAUCAGUUCCGGACCAAUUUGGGUUGAACCCGAUUUCUCCCCAAGUUCCAGUCGCGUCUUAUGAUUCAUCACAUGCACUAUGUAAUGGCAAUCUGUGUGCAUGUCUCGUGUAAAUAUUGUUUGAGUGCAACAGUUUGCUAUGCGAAGCACAUUAAAUGUUGCGGAUCCUGACAAAAGUUUACGGAACACCAGAGCGACGUAUUUCUCGAUCGGAGAGGCACCCUAGCAGCGAACGGGAGUGGACACACCCACGGAGUGAUGCAUGGAGUACCCAGUCACAUGUCCAUAAGUCUGUAUACUCCCGCUUGCAAGGGAUGACGAUACAUGCCACUCCAGUGUUCCGUAAGCUUUUCUCGGGACCUGUACCCGAGGUGGCGCUCACAACUAUAAUUCAGGAGGAACGCAUUUUUUACCAACGUGUGCUCCUUUAGCUGCGGGCCACAAGAUGGACAGAAAGAAACUGAUUAAUGAUAAUAAAUAAUAAGAAAAUAAUAAUUAAUUAUAUAAUUAAUAAUUAUAAUACAUUAUAAUUUUUGACAUUAUGAUAAUUGGGGUGUUAUUCCAAUAACACCCGAAUGUAGCAAUAGCACCCGAUUUCACCCUGCAUUCUGGAUUUAAAAAUAGCACCCAAUCCCGGGAAAGGAAUUUAGCUUAAAAGAGUCGGACCCUAGAUAGUAUUGAAUAUCAAAAAUAGUAGUCAUCGCAGCAAGCAGAUCCUUCACUGUCCUUAUUAGAGGUGCUUGUUCUUGACAAUCAUAAGUUGUAGGUAUAUGCAAAUGGUAGCAGCACUUGCGUGUAACUGAAUUAGCCGCAUAGUCACUGCUGCGUGUCGCAGUCACCCGUACAAAGAAGGUUAACUGAAAUCAUUGCGAUGAACAACUGCGAGAGAGAGACACACAUGUUAAGUGCUUUGAGGUCACACUGCUUGCAUUGUCCUCUUUGCACUUGGUUGCAGUAAGGACAGUUCACCGACUAACUACCCGACACGUGUUAAGUAACUAUAUGAAGUUAUAUACCAAGAAGCUGUAGUAAAAGAAACCAUAAUAUCAUGGCACACUGAUGCCCUCUUGGAUGCAUAUCGUUUGGAUGCCCUGUCAAAGUAUUUGUACAGAAUCUGUUUUUGAGUAUCCCAGUAAUGGUAUGUAUGAACUGGCACAUAAAGCAGCGGGGGACACAGUUGAUCUCAUUCAUAUGGGACUGGUGCCCACAUGCACCAGUCCAAGAAGAAGCAACAGGGCAGGGUGACACAUAUCCCAAAAACACUGCAAGAACAAGAAAUGUGAGGUCAUACUUCUGCAGCUCCUUCCUGUGUUUUGCAACAUACAUACUGGUGGUUGUCACAUGUGAUGUUAGUUAGGCAGCACUUACACAUAUACCUACUACAUAUGGAGCAUGCCAUGACUUGGAUAUGCCGACGAUUUGAUUGGCAGUAUUUUUAGAGCAUUCUUUUUGUGUUUUUUUUUCCUGCGAAGCUGAAUUCCGCACCAGUGGGGUCUGGAUGCUGAAGUUUUUACUUGUACUGAAGAUGUGCAUUGACCACAUCACACACAUCCACAUGCAGCAAUCUGCCUGUAAAUUGACAUGCCUGAUUUUUUCGUAUUAUUUAUUACAUAUUUUCUGAGUUGUUACUUGCCCUAGUUGGAUGUACCUUAGCUUAUAGUGUGCAUCCGUCGUCGUCUGUGGUGUGCCAGUAUUAUCUCUCAUAUUUAUUAUUUGCGCUGAUGCAAUAGAUAUAUAUUAAGGUCGUUCCGCAAGAAGUGAUCCAAUCAGGUGGCUCAACUCCUAUGGGUUUCAUUUCUAUUCUUUUUUUUUUUUUCUUUGCUGGUUAGAAAUUUAAUUAACCCUUAAAAAUACUUUUCUCCAAAUUUGGUGCCGUCCCCAAGUGAAGGGCACGAAAUGUCUUGUACUGCCAUCACAGUGGCCGGCUUUGAUGGCUUCACUGCAGAAAAUGACUAAAGAUGUUUUCGAUCAGUAGACAUCAGAUUGAUCGUUUAUACUGAAUGACAAAUCUCAGAUGGUCAUGUGUCUUUUUUACCACAUUGUAAACUUACAUUUUGGAUGUAUAUUUCAUGUUCCUUUUGUUGGCUCACUGCCUCCAUGUUGCAAGGUAAAAUUUGACAGCUGUGCAGCACGGAAAAUAAGAAAAAAAUUAUUUUUCGGGCUGUAAAGGGAAACUGUAAAAUAAUUACAUUUCGUACUCACUUUAGACUACAUGUUUCCAUUACGCAUGCAGAAUUUUCGCACUGCUCAGCACGCUUGUGACUUUUACUUUACGCGUCAUAUGGCCUUGUUGAAAAAUAGCCACCAUGAAGCGUUGCCCGAGUCCAUUGUUGGGCACCGCUAGUCAGUCAGUCAGUUAAAAAAGGGAAAUAAACAAAGUCUGUCGGGAUUUAGUCACGCAGUUGGAUUACUUCUUGUGGAGCGACCGGUUAAGAUGAUUUUGUUGCUGUGAAAUUGUUGCUCUCAUGAAAAGUGGGUUACUGUGCAACCUAGUCAGGCCACAUAACCUAACAUGCAAGCCAUUUUGAGAAGAGGUGCAUGAUUCUAGGUUGUGUCAGGUUUCGUCGCCUGUCAUAUAUAUUUACGUGCCAUUGCCAACUUGUGCCUUCUUGUCCUUCCUGUUCUGUACAUUCCAAUUUUGUUGGAGUUCUGCCUUUGCUUCUAUUUAGAAUAUCUAUACAGGCAAGUAGUACGCUUCCUUUGCACGUAACUGGUUUUUAGUCUUGAACUUUACAAAGUGCGCUUCAUUCAGCAGACUGCUCAGAGUAUAUCUGCACCCUCAGGUAUGUGUAAUUGCCGAGGUUUACACAGAGCAUUUUCAUGCAUCUGGGAGUUUUUUUUUUUACGCUUGCCUACCGAAGCUUUCCGAUUUUCCCAUCUUACUACAAUAACGUGAACCCGAGAAGCACACACAUGGCAUAAUCUGAUUGUGAGCACAAACGAUACAUAGUUAUGUAUCCAUUAUGGUAUGUAACGCAUCCCCCUACAAAACACACGUACAUUAAAGUGACAAGGCAGGUCCUCUUUCCAGGUACCUUUGCUGCAUCACAUUUGAACGACAUCACUACAGAUGCGUGAUACAUGUAUUUUGGCAAAACAUCCCAACAAAACGUAUUUAGAUGUGUGCACUGUAAUGCGAAAGUACAAAGGCAAUUACACAGUUGGGUUCCGACCUGACGCUUACCAGCGAGCCAUAUAUAAUACAGAGUCAUUCUGCUUCGUCCCAUGUCAGCUACGUCUAAGGCACUACGAAGGCUCAUACACUUAGAAUAGUUACUUCAUCAUUAAUUGUGCAUCUACUUGCCUACAUAAUAUUGAUGACGUUUUGUAUUUUGUGCCGAUUGUUUUGGUGUUAAUGUUUUUGCAGUCAGUUCCGAACAAGUAUAAAACCUAAGGUCCAAACACAAGGGUAGAGUGCUGGACAAAAGUUUACGGAAGUUCCGGCGCAUUCUUCGCUCCGAGUGACACGCUACCAGCGAAUGGUACCUUGCGGACUUACAAACAGGUGACUGGGUUGCCCGGGCACAUGUCUAAGUCCGUAUGGUCCCAAUCACUGCUAGCGUGUCACUGCGACGAUGGAAUGCGCCGGAGUGUGUUCCAUAAACGUUUGUCCAGCACUGUACAAGUGUAAUGUUAUAUAUGUUCUGCAAAUAGUUUUUGAGUAAAGCUAUAUGUUGCCUAUUUUUGCUAGUUUAAUGUGCAUACUAAAAAGAGUAUUUUAUUAUCCAUGUUGCCGCGUGCUUGUUGUUGCCUGCUGAGAUAUGUUGUGUCUUGGAGGAAACGAAUCAGCAGCAACACUUCUUUAAUGUGUUCUGGAACUGAAAUUCACGGGUAUUGUCACCGAGGGGUCUGCAGUAUCGGGGGAACCAGGUGGAACCAGGCGGAACGGUUUGUACACGCAUUCCGAUGUAAAAUUUGCACGAAUCGCUUUUAGUUGGAGGUAGCAAGUCCAGAGAAUGGUGGCAGGCACCUUUUUUUUCCAUUUCAGUAUUUCCUUUCCGUACAGUAGCCAGGCUUUUAUUUCUUGCACAUUUGGAACAUUAACGUAGUCUUCUGUACGGUAAAGCUCAGCUCAUUUUGGAGCAAGUGUAAUAUGUACAUGUGGCACUGAGUUCAAGCAUGCAGGAGCUGUUCCUUUGAGUGGCUGAUGUAGCUUUGUCAUAGCUUAGUAGCUCAACUUGGGCUAGUUCCAUUUUAAUCAAUCCACAUGGUGAUCCGGGCCGUAUUUGUCUACUCAAAACAAAUCCUCAAACACCCUAAGAAUUUUGAUUUUUUACUAAUUCUGAAUCUUAUUCAAGUGCCACAUCUCAAAUUGGUCUAAGCGUGCUCCUGCAAGUUUUCUUGAAGUUUUCUUGAGAGCACAAAAGUGAGGACAGCUGCCAACACAAAGGAAUAUGAGGAUGAUCCCAUUUUAUGCUCUCUAUGCAUAAUGUUUCACAAGCACUGACCUUGUUGCACUAUGUUGGUAUCCUGCGAUCCCUAGUGUGGGGCACACAGCACCUUCAGUUUCUGAGCAGGCCUAUCCUCAGUCUGUACAUGUUCACAGAACUUAUUGGACAUGAACUGCUUGAAGUCAAUGUACGUGAUGUAUUAUUUUUGUAACUUUACUUCCAUUGCACUGAUGUACCAAUUUAGUAAUUGCCAGUCAAAGAAUAGACAUAGUGAAAUCUUGUAAUAUUGAUUUCACCGGUGCUAUUUCGUGUAUCAUUCUAGAGAAAAUAAAAAUGCUUUGCACUGUAUAUAUACAUAAAAUGCAAAAAAGGUGUGAGCAAUAAAGUUAUUACGAUGCAAGA